AUGUGUCGUGGAAUCGCAUCAGCUGCGAAAGGGAAGAAGAAGGGAGUUACCUUCACCAUUGACUGUUCGAAGCCUGUGGAUGACAAGAUCAUGGAGAUUGCUUCGUUAGAGAAGUUCCUUCAGGAGAGGAUCAAGGUCGGUGGCAAAGCAGGUGCCCUCGGUGAUUCUGUCUCAAUCACUCGUGAGAAGAGCAAGAUCACCGUCACUGCUGAUGCCAAUUUCUCCAAGAGAUAUCUGAAGUAUUUGACGAAGAAGUACUUGAAGAAGCACAACGUGAGGGAUUGGCUCAGAGUGAUUGCAGCGAACAAGGACCGUAACCUCUAUGAGCUUAGGUACUUCAACAUUGCUGAGAACGAAGCUGAGGAAGAAGAUUAA